AGGGCCAGGCUGGGAUGUCGGGGACACUAAGUCCAAGCCACGGGCCCCCAGUGACACACAGGGUGAACCAUUCUCCAGAGAGCGCGGCGCUGCCUGCUUUCUCCAGCGGUGUAGUGCAGGACAUGGGCAGCCAGAUGUACAAGCCGGGCUACAGCAGCAUGGGGGGCCAGUACCUGUUCCCCCUGGGCCCACGGAAGAGCGAGUACGGCGGGUGUGAUACGGCGGCACUGCCGCACCCCGGCUACUGGCACCAGCCCCCCGUGGCCGAACCCCCCUCGGCUGCCCACUGGCCGCAGGGUCACCCCCACUCCGGCCAUUCGGCCCACAUCAAGGUGGAGAAGGAUGGCUUCAGCUCACCUCCCCAUCCCUCCUACCCCCACCGUUGGUGCGGCCCCGGCUUCUGGCCGCCCGUCCCCGGCUCCAGCUCUCCGGCCAGCGGCUCCGGACAGCCGUGCCCCGGCUACAGCAGCUUCCCCUCGCCGCCACACAUGUUCCCCAGCCCCUCGCAGCUCAGCGACUCCAACCCGGCAACGCAAUCCAUCGCCGGCUCCACUGGCAACACCAGCGAGGAGGGACAGUCCAGCGACAGCGAGGAGGAAUAUCCGACCAAGGAGAAAAUGGAACAAUUUGCCAAAGAGCUGAAACACAAGAGGAUUACACUUGGCUUCACACAGGCUGAUGUGGGAUUGGCUUUGGGGAACCUCUAUGGCAAGAUGUUCAGCCAGACCACCAUCUGCCGGUUCGAAGCCUUGCAGCUGAGUUUCAAAAACAUGUGCAAACUGAAGCCCAUUCUACAGCGCUGGCUCAAUGAUGCUGAGAGUGAUGGUGGUAUCCAUGAGAUCUGUAACGUGGAGCAGGUUCUAGACCAGUCCAGGAAGAGGAAGAGGAGAACCAGCAUUGAGAAUGGAGUGAAGAAUAACCUGGAGACCUACUUCAUGAAGUGCCCAAAGCCAACCAGUGAAGAAAUCUCCCAGAUCGCAGAAGACCUCCGAUUGGACAAAGAGGUGAUCAGAGUUUGGUUUUGCAACCGAAGGCAGAAGGGGAAGAGGAUGACCCUCCCGUGUAUGGAGGAGAAUGAGCUGCAGAUCAACGAGGAGAGCCCAAUCCGCCUGUCUCCUGGCUCUCUCAUGCCAGACCCCUGUGUACCCCAGGGGUACGUGAUGCCACCACACAUGUACAUGUCCCCCUUCCCUCAGCCUCUGCACCCUGCCGUGACCAUGGGGAACCACAGCAGUUAGAGGAGCAAGAUGGAGUAACUCGGUGGGACGGGCAACAUCCCUGGAGAGAAGGAAUGGGCGACGUUUCGGGUCAAGAACCUUCUUCAGCGUGGAGACCCUCAGUCUGAAGAAGUUGUCUCGACCCGAAAAAUCCCCAUUCCUUUUUCUAGAGAUACUGCCUGUCCCGCUGAGUUACUCCAGCACUUUGUGUCUACCUUUGGCUUAAACCAGCAUGUGCAGUUCCUUCCUGCACAGAUAGAGGAUCAACUGUACAAGGACAUUGACUAAUGCUACCUGGUGGUAGAACGUUCUCACCUUCUAAGAGCAGAAUUUGGCCAUUCUGCCCAUCGUCUAGUCUGCCAUCCCAUCAUGGCUGAUCUCUGUUGCCUGAAUGUUGUCCCUAAACUCUCUUGUAUCCAAUAAAAGUUAAUGAGGGGGUUUUAUCUGCUGCUAAAGUUCCAUACUGGCCACUUUUUAAAUUUGUUGUACAAUCAUCCCUCUCCCUGUCUCAGUUCUGGAUGUUAGCAUGCUUCAUUUUAUAUAAAAAUAUUAUUUAAUGGCAAUUGUCUAAAUAUUUGCAUUGAAUAUUUUGCCUUCAGUUUCUCCAUCUAAAUUGUUUGUGAAAAUGUAUCUGUAUAUUUUAAUGUUGCAUGUAAUAUUUUUUGCUUCAUGAAGUUCAGCCACUCAGGCCAUGAAAAUAUCUCCCAACGAAAAUCUACAGUAGCGGUGUGACUGUAGAGACAAGAUCCAUUGGAAAUGAUCAGAGUUGCUGAAGAAAUGCUGUCCAUCUGUUGCCUUGACUGUACACCCCUCCUACAGGGUUGCCUUUGGACCAGUUCCAUAAGACAUGGCAGCAGAAUUAGGCCAUUCGGCCCAUCAAGUCUGCUCCGCCAUUCAAUCACGACUGAUCUACCUCUCCCUCUCAUUCUCCUGCCUUCUCUCCAUAACCUCUCUAGUCAAGAACCUGUCAAUCUCCGCUUUAAAAAUACCCAUUGACUUGGCCGCCACAGAUGUUUGUGGCAAUGCAUUCCACAAAUAGGGCGGCCCGGUGGCACAGCGGUAGAGUUGCUUCCUCACAGCGCCAGAGACCCGGGUUCGAUCCUGACUACGGGUGCUGUCUGUAUGGAGUUUGUACGUUCUCCCUGUGACCCCGUGGGUUUUCUCCGGGUGCUCCGGUUUCCUCCCACACUCCAAAGACGUGCAGGUUUGUAGGGUAGAAUCGUAGUGAUACAGUGUGAAAAUAGGCCCUUCAUCCCAACUUGCCAACAUGUCCCAACGACACUAGUCCCACCUGCCUGUGCUUAGUCCAUAUCCCUCCAAACCCGUCCUAUCCAUGUACCUGUCUAAUUGCUUCUUAAACGUUGCGAUAGUCCCAGCCUGAACUACCUCCUCUGGCGGCUCGUUCAAUACACCCACCACCCUCUGUGUGAACAAGUUACCCCUCAGACUCCCACAAAAUCUUUUUCCUUUCACCUUGAACCCAUAUCCUCUGGUCCUCGAUUCCCCUACUCUGGGCAAGAGACUCUGUGCAUCUACCCGAUCUAUUCCUCUCAUGAUUUUAUUCACCUCUAUGAGAUAGCCCCUCAUCCUCCUGCGCUCCAAUGAAUAGAGUCCCAGCCUGCUCAGCCUCUCUCUAUAGCUCACACCCUCUAGUCCUGGCAACAUCCUCAUGAAUCUUCUGCCAGAUGCUACCGGACCUGCUGAGUUACUCCAGCACCAGUCUCUG